GAACUAGGGAAUAGGAUCGCUCGGUCUUUGCGUGACAGCUGGGUAUUCACUGCCCCGGUGCUGAAGAGAGGAAGACUUAACAUAUAAAGAGUCACAUCUGUAGAGCGCUGACAGAGGGCUGGUGACCUGGGAGGACCCCCUGGAAUCUACACCUGACUGUCCUUCUCCAUGCAGUAAGAACCAGAAAUGGCCGCCAACGACAGUAUUCUUAGCCCAGCAUAUCUUGCUGUUGAGUACAUUGACUCUCUACUACCAGACAACCCUCUGCAAGGGCCCUUUAAAUAUGCCUGGACCUACAUGCUAGACAACUACACUAAGUUCCAGAUUGCAACCUGGGGGUCCCUCAUCGUCCAUGAGCUGAUCUACUUCCUCUUCUGUUUACCCGGUUUCCUAUUUCAGUUCAUACCUUUCAUGCAACGGUUCAAAAUCCAACAGGAUAGACCGGAAACAUGGGAGGGCCAAUGGAGGUGCUUUAAGAUGCUCCUUUUCAAUCAUUUCUGCAUUCAGCUUCCUUUGAUCUGUGGAACGUACUACUUCACUGAGUUUUUCAACAUUCCUUAUGACUGGGAUAACAUGCCUAGAUGGUAUAUAUUGAUUGCUCAGUGUUUCGGCUGCGCGGUCAUAGAAGACGCCUGGCACUACUUUCUUCAUCGUCUCCUGCACCAUAAGAGUAUAUACAAAUAUAUCCACAAAGUACAUCACGAGUUUUCCUCUCCAUUCGGGAUGCAGGCUGAGUAUGCUCAUCCCCUCGAAACCCUCAUCUUGGGAGCAGGAUUUUUCAUUGGCAUUAUGGUCUUCUGCAAUCACGUCAUUCUCCUGUGGGCUUGGGUUAUAGUUCGACUAAUGGAAACGAUAGAUGUUCACAGUGGUUAUGACCUUCCUUUGAAUCCGCUGCACCUCAUUCCCUUCUAUGCCGGGGCACGUUUCCACGAUUUCCAUCACAUGAACUUCGUAGGUAACUAUGCCUCAACGUUUACAUGGUGGGACAGACUCUUCAACACCAAUUCUCAGUACAACAGCCACAGAGGGAAAGUGAAGAUACAGGAGGAAAAGAAGAUAAAAUAAACUGUGUCAUAAAAAACACUGCUUAAUUUUCCAUCAUAUGGAUCGUGAAUUGCUCUUAAUAAAUCCUAAAUUCUAUCGCGGGUGGAAGAGAGGACACUGGUUUUUAUGUAGCGUGCAGGAGAAACAAGUAUAAUUGUGGAAAUCAGCCACAGUCCAAUUGUAGCUGCCACCGUACAAAUGCCACGUUGGGCCUUACUGUCAGAUGAGAACCCCAAAUAAAGCAGAACUCUUCAUGCGCAGCUGGUUGUCUCUCGCCAGCUGUGAUCAUUCAGCAGAAACAAGGACUACAGGAAUAUUCAGCAUUUUUGUAAUUUCCACUCCUCUCAUGACUGUCUUUCCACUUUUGUGAAACGUCUUGUUUUAUUUUUCUACAUCGUACAUAUUUUAAAUAUUUAACGUUUUCAUUGACAACCACACCCGGUUGGAGAAGACUUCUUCAGCUGUGGCACUGAAAAUGUGGUGCUGUCAGUACAUUUCUGUGCUGAGGUACGACUGCAGCCAUUAACUCCUGUAGGCACCUUAAGCCGUGUUCACAUUUCCGUUUGCCGUGUUCACAUUUCCGUUUUUCACUGAUGUCCGCUGUCCGCAUUUUCUGCAGAAAGCACAUGAACCCAUUGAUUUUAAUGUGUUUGUUUACACCGUGCGUCAGUGAAAAAACAUGGAAAUAUGCACCUCUUUGGUCAGUGAUGUUGACCAAACGCACCCAUUGAUAUCCGUAGGUCCGUGAAAAAUCACUGACACAACAUGAAUGGCAUCCGUUUUUUGGUCUGUUUUUUGCUGACCACUGAUAGGGAGACUAUCUGGGAAUUGUCUUUCAGCUGAGCAGUGUCUACGGAAUACGGAUGACAAAAAAUGGACACACAGACCAAACACGGAUCCUUCACAGAUUAAACACGGAGGGAUUUUUUUCACGGAAAUGUGAACAAGGCCUUACUCUGGUUGGCGUUUCUCAUGGCAAACCAGGUCUCUGGCUUAGGAGUGCUCAAACUAUAAAGAAUAAAUGUGGAAGAGUUUUUUUGUAUUUUGCACUUUAUAAAUUGGGACCUUUUAUUUGGUUUGUUAUAUACAAAUCGUAUCUGGAGUGGUUCAGAACUACAUUUUCAGAACAUCACCACUGAGUCAUGGAUAUAUCAGCCUUGGCGUAGACUGAAUUUAUGAUUUUCUUUGUUUACUUGGCCCAGACUAAACUGACCAGAUAUUGUGCAAUGUGGGAUUGUGAAAGAGGACCUGUCCAUGCUCCUGAUCUGUUUGCUUAUUAAAUAAUUCUGGAACAUC